AUGAAGCCUUCUUUGGCAAUCUUCUGCUUAUGCCUAAGCGCGGUAGCCGUCGCGCAGGCCUCGCUGCCCGGCCUGGCCGUGUCUACCCUGCACAAGCGGCAGGAGUGCGGUGCCGGCGUGGGAUCCUGCGCUCCGGGACAGUGCUGCUCUGAGGGCGGAUGGUGCGGGACGUCCCAUGCGUACUGCGGCGGCUCGCAGUGCCAGCUGGAGUACUGCGACUCCUGCGACACUUUCAAAGGACCGUCUGGCCCUUCAACCGAGAAAAUCCCCCGCGAUGCCGUUGGAAAUGUUCCAUAUGGCACCACCAUGACGAGCUGCAAGACCCCUGGCAUGCUCGCGCUCACCUUUGACGACGGCCCGGACGUCUUUACCCCGCAGAUCCUGGACAUCCUGAGCUCCUACAACGUCAAGGCAACCUUCUUCAUCGCCGGCAACAACCGCGACAAGGGGCCGAUGGACGACCCUUCGCUGCCCUGGCCGCGCGUGCUGCGCCGCAUGCACGCUGAGGGCCACCAGCUCGCCAGCCACACCUGGACGCACCGCAACCUCAACAAGGUGAGCCGCGCGGUGCAGUUCACCGAGAUGAUCUUCAACGAGAUGGCCUUCCGCAACGUCUUUGGCUGGGCGCCCACGUACAUGCGGCCGCCGUAUCUCGAGUGCAGCGCGCAGUCCGGGUGCACCGAUUUGCAGAAGACGCUGGGCUAUCAUGUGAUCAAUAGCAACAUUGAUACGAAGGACUACCUGAACGACGCGCCGGAGAACAUCCACCGGUCUAGGGAGCGCUUCGAGCAGGCGCUGGUGCGCGGCGACCCGGCUCGCGACAGCUUCAUCGUGUUGGCGCACGAUGUGCACUACCACACGGUGGUUAACCUGACGACCUUCAUGAUCGAGACGGCGCGCGCGCGCGGCUACAAGCUGGUGACUGUGGGCGAGUGCCUGGGUGAUCCCCAAGGGAACUGGUACCGGAACGCGGGCAAGGAUCCGAGAGCGCCGACGCCGACUACGAGCAGCCAGCCCGGGACGACGCGGACGAGCUCCUCGCGGAUGACGGCACCGACGAUGACGGACCGCGUCUCCCCGGACCAGACCUGCGGCGGUAGCUCGGGCAACACCUGUCAGGGCUCGCGCUUUGGCAAUUGCUGCUCCUUCUGGGGAUUCUGUGGCUCGAGCAACAAGUACUGCGGCACGGGCUGCGACGUCGACUUUGGCACGUGCAACAACGUGUCGCCGGGCAUCAGCGACACCACCAACGGGCUGUGCGGAGCCAAGUUUGCGGCGACGUGCCUCAACUACGGCAGCAAGCGGUGCUGCUCGGAGAGUGGUUACUGCGGCGACUCAUCCGCACAUUGCGGCGCUGGAUGCCAGGACGACUAUGGUCGCUGCGACUAG